AUGGGGAAUGGAGCAGCAGGGGCGCGCAGGAGGCUGGGAGUGAGUGGCUUGCUGCGCCAUGCAGACGAUGCUCUCACGCGCUUUCACUGGCAGAUCAUCCAAGUGACGCCCACAGCAACUCCGGGCGAGUUUUCCCUGUGGGUGGUGGUGGGUUCAGCGGGCGUGAGGCGAGUGGUGGUGAGGGUGCCACGAGUGUUCUACCUCAACACACGUGCGGCGGUGAAGCAAGAGGAGGCACCGGGGGAACUGGUGUCCCGCACGCUGCCACACGGCCAUCCCCUGCUCAACCUGCUCAAGCUGACGGUGCAGGAGAGCCAGUUCCAGGCAUCCAGGAGGCAGCUCGCUGCUCAUCUAGGCGAUCCCGACGUUGAGGGAGUGUAUGAGGCACAGGUACCUCUGCUCACGCACCUGCUGCUCUCCCUCGGCACUGUCUGCUCCGUGGACUCCCGCGCUCGCUCCAAAGCCACUGCAGCCACCAAGACCACCAGGACCACAAACGCCACGAGCGCCACUAACGGCAGCAGUAGUGGUGGAGCAUGGGACAUGGGGCAUCUAUCCAUGCGCACUACCACCGAGUGCCCCUACCUGCCCUCGCUGCUCUCCUCCCGCUCCUUCCUCUACCUCUACCACAGUGGCGCGGAUACGCGGGCAGUGUAUGCACUCUUCGUGCCCUCGCUCCCGUCGCUGCUGCUGCUCUUCGUCUCCCCCGUGCCCACGCGAGACGUCACCGCCGCUCACCUGCACCGCCACUUCGUCGCUGCUGCUGCUGCAGCACAUGCCGCCAGCCCAGACGUGCCCCCGCCACCUGCUGCUGCCUCCGUGCCUGUCAAGGUGGAGUAUGCGGGGUCGCGCCAGGAAGCAUGCAAGGCAGUGCAGCGAGCAAUAGAGGAGCUGCGUGGCUCCCACCGUGGCCCACUCAUAGCUCUGGUCGAGGAUGCCACUCGCACUGCGAGCACACUUCCUGGCGGCGAGGGGACAAGGACAGCAGCAGCAGCAGCAGGGGCAGGGGCAGGGGCAGGGGGAGGGGGAAGUGGGGGGUUGGGGGGAGUGGCAGCGUUGGAGAGCAUGCCGUGUGUGGAAGUACCAGGCAAUGCGGCCGACAGUCGCUUCCCGGCGCUAGGGUGGCAGGCAGCAGCGGGGCGAGUGGCAGUGCACCGCUGUGCACAGGCGCCUGUGUGGCUGCACCAGCGCGUUUCCCUCGCCAGAUAUGCACACAUUCCUAUAGGCAACAUGAGAAAGGACUGGAUCCUGCACACAGCGGACGUUUUCUUCGCCAGGGCAUUGCGAGAUAACAACCAUGUCAGUUGGUCACCACUCGCCUCACCACAUGCUCAAUUCAAUGCACAUGCUCAGCUCACUCAGCUUCAUGCUGCCACUCUGUCCUGCUGCUGUCUGUUCUCUGCCAGGUUUGCUCGUCCCUCCACUCUCUCUUCUCUUGCCCCACUCCCAUUUUCGUCCUUUCACAUCCCCGCGCGCAAUGCUCUGCUGUGUUUUCUUCUCUCACCCCCUCAUGCCUCGUCCACCCCCCCCCCCCCUUCCCCAUGUGCAUCUCCUCGCCCAUUCACUCCGACCUUUUCCCCCCCUCCGCACCAUCCCAACCCACUGCGCACCACUCCCGCCCCAUCGCCUGCCUACCCACUCCCCCCUGCUCACCAUGGGCAACAGCUGCUGUGGCUGUCCCACACGGGCGUGCCGGAUGUCGGAGGGGUGGCGGAGGAGGAGGCCAUGAGCUUCCUCGAUGAGGUCAGCAGGGAGGAAUGCGUGGAACGGGGGGACAGAGGGGGGCAUGUGAUGGAGGACGAGGCGGCCAUGUGCCGGUCGGCGUUCAAGGUGCUGCGUGGCAUGGUGACGGCGUGGGUGACGGAUGUGGUGCGCACACGCAGCCUCUAUGCUGACGCGCUCCUGCAACACCUCUACCGCUGGAUCUGCAGCCCGUCAUCCCCUCUGCAUGACCCCUUCCUGCACCGCUUGCUGCACAAGAUCAUGUGCAAGCUGUUUGCACUGCUGCUGGCGGAGCUGCGGCGCCUGGGAGCCACAGUGAUAUACGCGGACUUCUCACGCGUCAUUCUUGCCACGGGGCGCCGCUCCCUGCCUUCUGCCAUGGCCUAUGUCGACUACCUUGUCGCCGCUGUCAACAGCAGAGACGCAUUUGAGUUGCUGCAUGUGGAGAAGCAGCGGGUGUGGCACUCGCUGCUCUUCCUGGACAAGUUCAAUUUCGGGGGCAUUGUUGACAGCACUCAGUUGGAGCAGCAGCAGCAGCAGCCUGAGGGAGAGGGGGAGAACGGGCACGCGAAUGGAAAUGGUGCUGCCGUUGCUGAUGCUAAUGGUGGUGGUAGUGGUGACGAUGCUGGUGGUGCGAGUGCUGAUGGUGCUGGGGCAGGGAAACAGGCGGAUGGGCGAGGAGGAGAGGAUGGGAAGAUGACAGUGCUGAGCCAAUGGAAUAUUGCAGAUUACCUCCCAUCAUCUGUGCAGGAGUACUUCCAUCUGACGGUCUCUGAUUUCAUCUUCAACCCCUGGUCUUGCAUUUCCUCCUAUGUUCCCCAUUCUGCGCCCUCCUCCUCCUCCACGCUACCAUGCUUUCUCACCUUAUCCCCCUCCUCCUUCCCCUACCCGCUUUCCCCACUUCCCACCCUGUGUGCGGCACUGCAGGUGCAGAACCGUCUCACAGACAACCUACUGCACCUCGUGCGGGCCUUGCAGGCAGAGGCGGAGAGAGGGGGGGAGGACGCAGAGGGGGAGGAGGAGGGGGGAGAGGGGCGAAGGGUGGAGAAGUCGGGGAGAGGGGGGCAGAGGGGAAAGGGGCGGGGAGCACUGGGGGCGACAGGGGGGCGAGCACUGGAGCUGGUGAAAGCAGUGUGCCAUGUGCUGUCGCUCAGUGCACACGUGCAACAUGAAGUGCAGGUGUUGCGGAGGCAGCUGCUGCGGGUGCUGAGGGUGCGUGAGUUUGCACCAGAAGCCAUCUUUCGGGACCCAUGUCGCUCCUUUGUUCUCCCAGGAGUCAUUUGCAGCUACUGCAACGACUGUCGGGACCUGGACCUGUGUCGGGACCAGCUGCUGCAGGCGGGAGAGUGGCGCUGUGCCGUGCAGCACUGCCAGCACCCCUACGACCUGCUCUGGGUUGAAAACGCUCUUCUGGAGGUGAUGCGGCAUCGUGUGAGGAGCUACCAGCUACAGGACCUCGUGUGCAACAAGUGCCGACAGGUGAAGUCGUCCCGGGCAGCCCUGCACUGCACAUGUGCAGGCACGUUCCGGUGCUCGCAGCAGGCAGAGCAGCUGAGAGAGGGGCUGCUCGUGCUGCAUUCAGUGGCCUCCACACAUGGCUUCCCCCUGCUGCUCGAGUGCCUGCAGUGGGUGCUGCCUCUCUGCCGCGCCACAGGGGAGAAAUGA